GUUCCCAUGUUCCAUCCGUUGGACUUGGGAGGAAGAGACGAAAAAUGAAAGAGACUAGAGAAAAGACUUUCAUUUGACAAAAAUGAAACGAUUAAAAGGUGAAAGAGAAACAACAGCAGCGUAUAAACACCCAAAAACAACGGCAUUAAUUAUCACUAGCUGCAAAAUUUUCUGGCUACGAUCGUGGAAAAAGAAGAGAAAAUCAUUUCCCCAUUUUCCUUUCUCCUUUUACUUCCCUUCCAUUCCAGCUCCUAAAUUUUGUUCUUGGCAUUUAUAGCUGACGACGGAGCCAAAAAGAAAAACAAACCUGCUCCCACUUCCCUUAUUCUUCUUCUACUACCGCUCCUCUCUCCAUCUCUUUUCCACCUAAUCGCUCACUUUCCCCCCUCAAUCAGUUCCAAGGAUCAAAGGAAAGAUUUUUUUUCCUGGGUUCUGUAGAGAAAGGAGUUUGCUGAAAUGGGUAACCUGAUUUGCAUGGCGAAGAAGGACGGUGGAAGCAAAGGUAACAAUGGAUCGAAGAGCAGCAGGAGGAUGGGCGUGAACAGGUCGCAGAGGAAGUUAUUGGCUGAAGAAGAGUUGAUCCACAGGCAAGCUCUGUCCAUGGCGCUUCACCAGCACCAGUUGUCUCAGCGAUUCGACAAUGGAUCCAUGUCAAGAAGGAUCGGGUCCACUAGCUCCCGCAGGAAAAAUCUGCCUGAUGCUGAUGCUUUGGCCAAUGGGGGGAAUCAGGAUAAGGUGCCCGAGAACCUGGAAAAUAUCAAGAUAAAGAAGUUUGUUCUGAUACACGGAGAAGGUUUUGGCGCCUGGUGUUGGUAUAAAACCAUUGCUCAAUUGGAGGAAGUAGGUCUUGUUCCAGUUGCCUUAGAUCUAGCAGGAUCUGGUAUUGAUACCACAGAUACAAUUUGCAUUAAGACAUUAGCAGAGUACUCGAAACCAUUGAUCAGCUAUUUGGAAAACCUUCCGGAAGAUGAAAAGGUUAUUUUGGUUGCUCACAGUACUGGAGGUGCAUGCGUCUCUCAUGCAUUGGAGCUUUUCCCCGAAAAGAUAUCCAAAGCUAUCUUUGUCUGUGCUACAAUGGUGUCUGAUGGUCAGAGACCAUUUGAUGUGUUUGCUGCAGAGGUAAGAUAAUUGAAAUUUGAAGCUUGAAAUGUUGGCAUCCUUUGUAUAAACAUUAGAGAUCAUUGAUAUAAGAGGUCAAUUUGAUGAUAGAUUAAGGUGAAUGAUAGUGUGCCCCUAUCUUCCUGUGAGGAACUGGUCAAAAGCAUCCGUUUGGGUGUGCAAAAAGUUGUGGAAAUUGUGAAAUCUCCCUUGUGUUAGCAAUCCACUUCUACAGAUCACUCAUCCAAACCUAUCUAUUUGAAACUCAUCCAUUCCAACAGCCCAUCUACUUUAGGAAUCCUUCAUUCUAAUGACCCCUUAGAAUGUUAAGGUAAUUCGUCACUGUGAGCUUUAUGGCAAAUCACUUCAUCAAUGGCAUCCUUUAUGCAUAUGCAUUAGUAGUUAAACCCUCAUUUUCUUCGUUCAUUUUUUUGCUUCUCGAGUUUUAUUCUUUGCAAUCUCUAUACUAGUGCUUAUUUUUUCUCUAUGCCUUUCAAUAGCCAAAGUCUUGAUAAACGAUAAUGACUGAAGUUCUCCCUUUGCAGCUCGGUUCUGCUGAUCGCUUCAUGCAGGAGUCGCCGUUUCUGAUUCAUGGGAAUGGAAAGGACCAUCCUCCCACUGGCUUCAUGUUUGAAAAGCAGCUGAUGAAAGGUCUAUACUUCAAUCAAUCACCAACGAAGGAUAUUGCUCUUGCGAUGGUUUCCAUGAGACCCACGCCCCUAGGUCCAAUAAUGGAGAAGCUGUCACUAACACCGGAGAAAUAUGGUGCUUCUCGACGUUUCUAUGUUCAGACGCUUGAUGAUCGUGCUCUCUCACCGGACGUUCAGGAGAAGCUGGUGGGGGAAAACCCGCCAGAAGGAGUGUUCAAGAUCAAAGGGAGCGAUCAUUGCCCAUUCUUUUCCAAGCCUCAGUCUCUGCACAAGAUAUUGGUUGAGAUUGCUCAGAUUGAGUAGUGUUCUGCAACUGUUGCUAGAAUGGGAGGAAUUGCAAUCGAUGAUGACUGGGAGUUCGCUUCACCUUCUACCGAAGACCCUUGGUCGAUCGUUCUAGUUGGACGCACUGGUAAUGGGAAGAGUGCAACAGGUAAUAGCAUUCUAAAGAGGAAAGCUUUCCAGUCCAAGAAUAGUUCAUCUGGGGUUACGCGUUCCUGUGAGUUGCAGUCGACUCUGUUGGGAGAUGGUCAGAUCCUCAACGUCAUCGAUACUCCUGGGCUUUUUGAUUUCUCUGUGGGGGCUGACUUUGCGCACAAGGAGAUUGCCAAGUGCAUCAACAUGGCUAAGAAUGGGAUCCAUGCUGUGGUCCUUGUGUUCUCUGUGAGGAAUCGGUUUACCGAGGAAGAAGAGGCUACCAUUCGUAACUUACAGUCGUUGUUUGGAAAGAAGAUCAUCGACUACAUGGUUGUAUUGUUCACUGGUGGAGAUGAACUUGAAGAUAAUGAUGAGACUCUAGAGGGUUAUUUGGGUGAUGAUUGUCCUCGACCUCUAAAGGAAAUUCUGUCACUGUGUAAGAAUCGGAAGGUUCUGUUUGAUAACAAGACUAAAGACGAGUUCAAGAGAGCUGGACAGGUCGAGGAGCUUCUUGCCCUGGUUAACAAUGUUGUGAUGCAGAAUGGUGGACGACCAUACACGGAUGACAUAUUCGUCGAAAUGCAGAAACAUACUAAGAUCAUUCGUAACAAGCAAGCUGAGAUUGAGGCCCUUCAAGUUCAGCACCACUCUUCUCAGGAAAUAGCCGGUCUGAAACAGCUGAUGCAUGAUCUGUACCAAGAACAGCUCAAACACAUAACUGAGAUGGUCGAGUCGAAGCUUCAUGAGACAACAGUCAAACUCGAGCAGCAGCUGGCGAAGGAGCAAGCCGCACGUCUCAAGGCAGAGGAGUUCGCACAGCUGACUCACUUGCAGUCGAGCAACGAGAUCCGCCAGCUGAGAGAGAACCUCGAGAGUGCCCGAGCGGAGACCGAGAGGCUCCGCGAGCAGGCAGAGAGGGAAACUGCGAUCCUGUGGUUGAAACGAAGUCUCGUGAGGGCCCAGAUGGGGACAGGGGAGAUUCUGAAGAGGGCCGAGUCCCAUUCUGCUGUUCUGUGGCUCCAUAGGAGUUUGGAGAAGGCUGAGAAGGAGACUGUGGAGCUGUUGCAUCAGGCUGAGAAGCAUUCGGCGGUGUUGUGGAUUAGGGAGAGUGUGAGGAAGCUGCAAGGGAAGCUGAGUAGCAAUGCGAAUCCGGGGGCUCUAACCAUAUGCUGCUGGAAAAUGCAUUCUCUCAACAUGGCUGAAGGAAAGGAAGGAUCAUCAGAUUUGCUUAGAAUGGGAGGGUCUGCAAUAGAAGAUGAGUGGGAGUUAACCAUGCCAUCUAGUGAGCCUCGAACGAUCGUGUUAGUUGGAAAAACUGGCAAUGGGAAGAGUGCAACAGGAAACACCAUUCUUGGAGAAAGAGUCUUCAAGUCUAGGACUAGUUCGUCUGGUGUUACAAGCAGCUGUGAAUUGCAGACAACUGUCUUGGGACAUGGUCAAAUUGUCAGUGUUAUUGAUACUCCUGGACUUUUUGAUGCUUCCAUUGGAUCUGAUUUUAUUGGCAAAGAAAUAGUCAAAUGCAUCAAUAUGGCAAAAGAUGGAAUUCAUGCAGUCAUCCUUGUAUUGACCGUGAGGAACCGCUUUUCGGAAGAGGAAGGAGCUGCAAUUCGAAGCCUGCAGUCUUUGUUCGGGACAAAGAUAGUCAACUACAUGGUUGUAGUCUUCACUGGUGGAGAUGAUCUCGAGGAAAAUGAUGAAACUUUAGACGAUUACCUGGGUCGUGAUUGCCCUCAGUCUUUGAAGGAAAUCAUGUCACUAUGUAACAAUCGAGUUGUGCUUUUUGAUAACAAGACUAAAGAUGAACUGAAGAGAGUUGAACAGGUUAAGCAGCUGAUGACACUUGUGGACAGUGUCAUAGCACAGAAUGAUGGAAAACCUUACACAGAUGAUAUCUUCAUCGAGAUGCAGAAGGCAAAGAUCCUGCGUGAUAAAAAACAUGAGGUCAAUGCCCAGAACUUGAAUGGUGCCUCUGAUCAGGAACUGGUUAAUCUGACAGCGGAAAUGAACAAAGCAUAUGAUGAACAGCUUAAACGCAUUACUAAAAUGGUCGAGGAAAAGCUGCGGGAGACGACAAGCAGGCUGGAGCAGCAACUGGCAGAGGAGCAAGCUGCACGACUGAGGGCAGAGGAGGUCGCCCAGAUGGCCCAGUUGCAAUCCAACGAUGAAAUCCGCCAGCUCCGGGAGAAUCUAGAGAGAGCUCAGAAGGAAACCGAGGAGCUCCGCAAGAAGGCUGAGAAGAACAAGAGACUAAGAGGAAUUUCCCCAAAAAUGGGAGGAUGCUCCAUAGAAGAUGAGUGGGAGCUCACCUCACCAUCUAGUGACACUCGAACAAUCGUUCUAGUUGGACGUACUGGUAACGGUAAAAGCGCAACAGGUAAUACGAUUCUCGGGGAAGAGGUCUUCGAUUCGCAGCUCAGUUCAUCUGGCGUCACCACUAGCUGCGAGCUGCAGAUUGCUGUUUCGGAAGAUGGCCAGAUAGUCCAUGUCAUUGACACUCCUGGACUUUUCGAUGUCUCCCUGGGACGCGAUCGAAUCGUGGAAGAGCUCGCCAAAUGCAUCAGCAUAGCCAAACACGGGAUCCACGCGGUCAUCCUCGUGCUCUCGGUGAAGACUCGGUUUACAGAGGAGGAAGCAGCGACGAUUCGCAACCUGCAGCAUCUGUUCGGAAAGAAGAUAGUCGAGUACAUGAUUGUUCUGUUCACCGGUGGAGAUGAGCUCAAGAAGGGCAGAACUUUAGACGAUUUUCUGGGCCGUAAUUGUCCUCAGCCUUUAAAGGAAAUACUCUCACUCUGUCACAACCGGAUGGUGUUGUUCGAUAACAACACGAAGGAUGAAGCGAAGAGAGCUGGACAGGUGAAGGAGCUCAUGGCACUAGUGAACAAUGUCGUGGUGGAGAACGGUGGGAGGCCCUACACAGACGAUGUCUUCAUCGAGAUGCAGAAACGUGACAUGGUCCUGCUUGAUAAGCAACAUCAAGUGGAUUCACUGAAUUCAAACGGUGCAGCCACGAAUGAGGAACUGGUUAAGCUGAAAGAGGAGAUGAUCAAGUCAUACGACGAUCAGCUUAAGCGAAUCACUGAAAUGAUUGAGGAGAAGCUGAAGGUGACGGCUGAGAGGCUGGAGGAGGAGCAGGCUGCGCGAUUUAAGGCAGAGGAAGCUCUGAAGGACGAGAUUCGUAUGCUUCGAGAGAAGCUUGAGAGAUCUGAGAAGGUAGCCGAGGAGCUGCGUAAGGAGGCAGCUGAUCGGAAGCAGUCUGAGAAGCAGCAGCCGAAGUGUGCAAUCCUCUGAAUGAUGCACUCAGACUGGCGAGGAGCAGUGCACAUUUUCGUCUGUGGGGCGGAGUUUUGUGUUGGGGAAAUUUUCUUUUGUAAGUUUUGUGUUGGCUUCACAACUCAGGUUCAGGGACUUGGUUCAGGGCUAUGGAUGUGUAGGAAAUUAAAGAGUGGAACACAUCAAAUUUGG